UUUUUCUUCCUGAUACAAAUCCAAAAAAAAAUGCAACUUUUAUCCAUCGUUAUUUCGAUCGUUUGUUUAUCAUCAACCGGUUUAUUGGCCAUACCAUUACAUGAUCAUGAUGGUUACAUCGUCCAAUCCAUCUAUAAUUCAACACGAAAUUUAAUCACCGAAUCUAAUCAUUGUCCAGAUUGUGAAAGUCGUCAUGUUUGUUAUGAUGAUAUUGGCUGUUUCAGUAUGGAUGGUCCAAUGGGACAUGUAUUGCUAUUGCCACAAUCACCGAAACAUAUUCGUACACAAUUUUUAGCAUUCAAAGCCAAUGAUUUGAAAGAAUCACAUUCAAUCGAUGCUUAUGAUCAUGAUACAUUCAAUGUGAUCGAUACGGAUAAAAAAAUUGCUUUCAUUAUUCAUGGUUUUGCUGAAUCACAUACUGAUCCAAUAUUGAUGAAUGCUAAAGACUCACUAUUGAAAUAUCGUUCAGAUGAAAUCGGUACUGUUAUUAUGGUGGAUUGGAAACAUGGAGCCACUGCACCUGCAUAUACUCAAGCUGCAACCAAUACUCAGGUGGUUGGACGACAGAUCGCUUUUCUUUGUAAUCAAAUCCAUAAAUCACGCAAUGUAAAUGUUCACAAUUUUUAUCUUGUCGGUUUUUCAUUGGGUGGCCAAGUUUCUGGUUUUGCCGGUAAAUGGUCACGUACUGAAUAUCAUUGGAAAUUUGGCCGUAUCACUGGCUUAGAUGCAGCUGCACCAUCGUUUGAAGGAUGGGAAGGUGCUUUCCUAACGAAAGAAGAUGCCGAUUUUGUAGAUGGUAUUCACACAACUACCGGUGGUGAUAUAUUGGCCGGACAAUUAGGUUUUACAUCACCAUAUGCCCAUAUUGAUUUCUAUCCAAAUGGUGGUUUGGUUCGUCAACCACACUGUCCAGUAGGCACUGGAAUUGCUUGUAGUCAUAAAACAUCGGUCUUGUAUUUUGAAGCAUCAAUAAGUGCCGAAAAAACAUGUCAUUUUUCUGGCCAUUUAUGUGAUAAUUAUCAACAUUAUUUGGAUGGUAAAUGUAAAGGUAGCGAUAGUCAAAUGGGUUUUCAAUCAUUCAAAUUCACCCGUGCACAUGGUAAUCAUUAUCUAUUGACUAGUGCUGAUUAUCCAUUUUGUGAUAAAAAUUAAUUAAUUAAUUUGAAUUUUAAAAAUCAAAAUUAAAAUUUCAUUAUUUUAAUACAUCA